GGGAGUCAAGUGAUGUCAGACUUGCCGCCUGAAAGAGUCACACCGGAUGAGCCUCCUUUCACCAAGGUUGGAUGUGAUUACUUUGGCCCGUUCUUUGUGAAGAGUGGUAGAAGGCAGAGCAAGAGAUACGGUGUACUCUUUACCUGCUUGGCCACUCGUGGGGUUCACAUAGAAGUGGCAAACAGUCUUGAUACAAGCUCGUUCAUCAAUGCACUACGGCGCUUUCAAGCCAGGCGGGGUCAAGUUCAAUACAUCCGUUCCGACAAUGGAACAAACUUUGUAGGGGCGGAACAUGAACUGCGCGAAGCUGUGUCCAACCUGAACAGUGAAGAGGUGCAUAACUUCUUACUUCAGAAGGGCAUCACUUGGAUCUUCAAUGCGCCAGGAGCAUCGAGCCACGGAGGCGUCUGGGAACGUCAAGUUCGAACCAUCAGGAAGGUUCUGGAAGCCUUGCUUCAGGAGCAGACAAUGGACGAUGAAGCAGUUCACACACUCAUGUGUGAAGUCGAAAACGUCAUCAACAGCCGUCCGCUCACCCCCGUUUCCAGUGACCCUGCAGACCUGGAACCGAUUACGCCAAAUCACCUGUUGUUGCUCCGGGGCGGCGCUGUUCCACCCGGCAUCUUUGUGAGGUCAGACAGCUUCUCCAAGCGACGAUGGCGCCAGGUUCAGUACCUCGCAGACAUCUUUUGGAAAAGAUGGGUGUCGGAGUAUCUGCCGCUGUUGCAGCACAGACAGAAGUGGAUGAAAACUGAAAGAAACCUCUCAGUAGGGGAUCUCGUCUUGGUUGUUGACUUAUCUCUUCCGCGACUUCAAUGGCCUUUAGGACGUGUGGCUGAGGUGUUCCCAGAUGCUAGCGGCCAUGUGAGGACUGUUAUUGUCAAGACGGCACGCUCAGUUCUCAAGCGACCGAUCAACAAGCUGGUGCUCGUGCAAGAGGAGUAGCGGGUUUCUGUUUGAAUCAGGUGGAGGUUGGAUAGCUUACCUUGUAUUGGUUGUAGUUCAGCUGGUGGCGGCUUGCCAGCCUUCAUCAGGUCGGAGAGAGCCUAGAGUUUGGUUGAACCUUGAUCGGUUCAAGGAGGAGGGUGUAAGCGCGAAGAUGUAUUUCUGUCCUUUAUUCCUUUUAUUUACCGGCCGCAACCUCCAGCGUGGGCUCUCCUCAUGUAUGUUUUGAGACGUUUAGUUUUUGCCCCGCCGAGUCUGUGUAGAAGGCGGCCGGCCUGUGUCUGCAGUGGUAAAAGCGAUAUAAUUCGGAACCGUGUGUUGUGUCAACCCGGCAUAAUACAUGAGUACCGAGAUAUCGCCUCUAAGAGGGGCCCGGCGAGUGAGACACCUGCUACGAGCCCACUUUGAGGCAACAAGCGAACUGCUGCAAAAAGCACAGGCGGUCACAGUUC